AUGGCCAUAUUUUCUUAUUACCUUAAAGAUUCAGUUGAAAUUUUUAGGGAUGAUUUCUCAGUAUAUGGCAAGACAUAUGAAAUAUGUCUGGCAAAUCUUGAGAACAUUUGGAAGAGAUGUGAAGACACCAACCUGGUGUUCAAUUGGGAGAAAUGUCAUUUCAUGGUGACCGAAGGAAUUGUGCUUGGGCUCAAGGUGUCUAAAUCCGGGUUGGAAGUUGACAAAGCCAAAAUUGAUGCCAUAGAAAAAUUGACACUAUCUACCAACGUGAGAACACUUCGAAGCUUCCUCGGACAUGUUGGAUUCUACCACUGA